AACAUAAUGAUAAUAAAUAAAAAUAAAAACACACAAAAAUAUUGAAAAAAAACAAAAAAAAAAUCCCCCAAAAAGUAUAGAAAACAAAAUGAAUAAACUCCAUCUUCCAUUGUUAAUUUCUUUGUUUUAUAUGUUUGUAAGCAUUGCAAGAUCCCAAGUAUUUGACAUAACUACUUUUGGUGCCAAGCCUGAUGGAGAUGCAACACAGAGUUUGGUAAGUGCAUGGAAGGAAGCAUGUGCAGCAGCAAACCCUGCAAAGAUUGUAGUACCAAAAGGAACGUAUUCGUUACUUGCUGUUAAGUUUAUGGGUCCAUGCAAAGCCCCUAUUACAUUCGAAAUUUCUGGAAACUUCAACGCGCCGCCGGAAUUGGCCAAAUUCAAAAAUGAAGACACCUGGGUUAAGUUCGAAAACAUCGUCGGCCUCACCGUGACUGGUGUUUCCGGUGGUGGUUCUUUCGACGGACAAGGACAACAGGCAUGGAAGCAGAACAAUUGUGCUGAUACUGGCUCUUGCGACAGUCUUCCUUAUAAUUUUAGGUUCAACGUCAUCACCAACGGUGAAAUAGCCGGGAUCAAAUCUUUAAACAGCAAGUUAUAUCACAUGGCACUUCUGGACUGCAAAAACGUAACAUUCAACGAUUUAACUAUUGAAGCACCAAAAGACAGCCUUAACACAGACGGUAUCCACAUCGGACGUUCAAAAGGGGUGACCGUCACCAACGCAAAUAUCGGUACAGGAGAUGAUUGUAUCUCCAUGGGCGACGGAGCUGUCGACGUUCACAUCGAGGGUGUUAAAUGCGGGCCGGGUCACGGUAUCAGUAUCGGAUCCAUGGGCCGGUACCCUAACGAAGAACCCAGCAAAAGUAUUACGGUCAAGAAUUGCACAUUUACAGACACAGAAAACGCUGCUAGGAUCAAGAGUUGGAUGAACUCUUAUGCGGCUAGUGCUUCAGACAUCCAUUUUGAGGAUAUUACUGUUAACAAUGUGUUAAACCCUAUUAUUAUCAAUCAAGAGUAUUGCCCCUACGACCAAUGCAAGGGAAAGACACCAUCAAAGGUUAAGGUGAGUGAUGUAAGUUUCAAAAACAUAAAGGGAACUGCAACAAGUAAGGAAACAGUGAAGCUAUGGUGCAGCAGUGGAUCUCCCUGUGAUAAGGUUGAGCUUGCAGACAUCAACUUGACUUUCGACGGCGGGCCCGCCGUCUCCGAAUGUAGAAAUGUUAAGCCAAUCACUUCCGGAAAGCAAUACCCCGAUCCUUGUGGCGCGUCUGGUGCUGCCCCUGGUGCCUCGCCUUCUACCACUAAUGCUGCCCCUGUUUCCUCCCAGGCUGCCCCUCACGCCUCUCCUAAAUAA